GCCCGCCGCCGCCCGCGGAGCUCGCGCGGGAGAAGAGGGAGGAGAAACUUUGCCUUUUAUUGUUGUUGUAGUCCUUAAGUGCCAGGAACUCUGUUGGGAGGAAAAAUGUCCUUCUUCAAUUUCCGUAAGAUCUUCAAGUUGGGGAGCGAGAAGAAGAAGAAGCAGUACGAACAUGUGAAGAGGGACCUGAACCCUGAGGAGUUUUGGGAAAUUAUAGGAGAAUUGGGCGACGGAGCCUUUGGGAAAGUGUACAAGGCCCAGAAUAAAGAGACCAACGUUUUAGCUGCUGCAAAGGUGAUUGACACCAAAUCUGAAGAAGAACUUGAAGAUUACAUGGUUGAAAUUGAUAUUUUAGCAUCUUGUGAUCACCCAAAUAUAGUCAAACUUCUAGAUGCCUUCUAUUAUGAGAACAAUCUUUGGAUCCUCAUUGAAUUUUGUGCAGGUGGAGCAGUGGAUGCUGUGAUGCUUGAACUUGAGCGACCAUUAACUGAGUCCCAAAUACAAGUAGUUUGUAAACAGACCUUAGAGGCAUUGAACUACUUACAUGAUAAUAAAAUCAUCCACAGAGAUCUAAAGGCUGGCAACAUUCUUUUUACCCUAGAUGGAGAUAUUAAGUUGGCGGAUUUUGGAGUAUCAGCUAAAAACACAAGGACAAUUCAAAGAAGAGAUUCCUUUAUUGGCACACCAUAUUGGAUGGCUCCUGAGGUAGUCAUGUGUGAAACAUCGAAGGACAGACCCUAUGACUACAAAGCUGAUGUUUGGUCCCUGGGUAUUACUUUAAUAGAAAUGGCUGAGAUAGAACCACCACAUCAUGAAUUAAACCCAAUGCGAGUGCUGCUAAAAAUAGCAAAAUCUGAGCCUCCUACAUUAGCACAACCAUCAAAAUGGUCUUCGAAUUUUAAGGACUUUCUAAAGAAAUGCUUGGAAAAAAAUGUGGAUUCCAGGUGGACAACAUCUCAGCUACUACAGCAUCCUUUUGUUACUGUGGAUUCCAACAAACCAGUUCGAGAAUUGAUUGCAGAGGCAAAGGCUGAAGUAACAGAAGAAGUUGAAGAUGGUAAAGAGGAAGAGGAGGAUGAAGAAACAGAAAAUUCUCUGCCAAUACCUGCAAGUAAGCGUGCCUCCUCUGACCUCAGCAUUGCCAGCUCUGAAGAAGAUAAACUUUCACAAAAUGCUUGUAUUUUGGAAUCUGUCUCAGAAAAAACAGAACGUAAUACUCCUGAAGAUAAAUUUAACAGUAGAGUUCUUAAUGAAAAACCUACUGCUGAAGAGCCUGGAAAAGCUGUGGAGGGUAUAGAUGAACAUUUAGGAGCUAUGGAUGAACUCCAUACUAGAACAAUAAUAAUCAAGGAAAAUGGGAGAGAGGAGAAGAGACCCAAACUUGAAAAUCUGCCUGACACAGAAGACCAAGAAAGAGUAGACAUGAAGUCAACCAACGAAGGAAAAGAGAGUAAUAUGAUAACUGAAGAAACAAAUAUUGAACAGAGUCUGAAACCUGAGGAAGAAAGGGAUCAGGAAAAGCAACAGAUAUUUGAAAAUAAGGUUAUAAAAUCUGAAGAAGAAAUUAAAGAUACUACUAUUCAAACAAUGGAUUUAGUUUCUCAAGAGACUGGAGAAAAAGAGGCAGAUAUUCAAACAGUUGACAGUGAAGUUGAGCUUACAAAAGAAGACACCCAAGAGAAUUUGGGAAAAGAUGAGAAAAUGAAGAAAGAUGUGAUCAGUGAUACAAGUAAUGCAAUAGGAACAAGUGAGGUCAUAGAUGUUGCUCAAAAGGCAGUUGAAAACAAAGCUAAGGACGCUCAGAGUAAUGAUGGGAAAGAAAUGGUUGAAGCAGGUCAGGAAUUAGCAAGUAGACCCAUGGAGGGUCCUGAGGUUGGUGGUACUGAGGAAGUUUCUCUUAGAGAAAUAGUUGAAACUAAUGAGAUAGAUCAAAAAUCUAUAGAAGGCAAAGGCGAGAAACAGUUAAUCAGCAGUUCUGAGAACAUAGUGGAGACCACUGAGGAACCCAGGACAAAUGAAGUUGAAAUUACUGAGUCAAGUAGCACUGAAAAAAUAGAAGUCAGAAGUGCAGUGAUUCAUACUGACGAAAAGCCUUCAGGAAGUGAAACACAGGAUGCUCAUGAAGCCACUACUCUGACAGAAUCAGAGCAAAAAGAGAUUCCAUGUGAAGUGCCAAUUAAAACAGAACCUGACGUUACUGCCACUUCACAGCCCAUUGAACCUCAGCCUGUUCCAAUACCUAGUAUUAAUAUCAACUCUGAUGGUGCAGAAAAUAAAGGGGAAAUAGGUGCUUUAUCAAAAAUUGAAACCAUGUUGCUACCAGAAUCUGAGAUUCAAAAGGAAAAUGAUACUGAUUCAGGCACUGGUUCUACUGCUGAUAAUAGCAGCAUUGACUUGAAUUUAUCUAUCUCUAGCUUCCUAAGCAAAACUAAAGACAGUGGAUCAAUAUCUUUACAAGAAACAAGAAGACAAAAGAAAACAUUGAAGAAAACACGCAAAUUUAUUGUUGAUGGUGUAGAAGUGAGUGUAACAACAUCUAAGAUAGUUACAGAUAGUGAUUCCAAAACUGAAGAAUUGAGGUUUCUUAGACGCCAGGAACUUCGGGAAUUAAGAUUUCUUCAAAAAGAAGAGCAAAGAGCCCAACAACAGCUCAAUAGCAAACUGCAGCAGCAACGAGAGCAAAUCUUCCGGCGCUUUGAGCAAGAAAUGAUGAGCAAAAAGCGACAAUAUGACCAAGAAAUUGAGAAUCUAGAAAAACAGCAGAAACAGACUAUUGAACGUCUAGAACAAGAACACACAAAUCGCUUGCGAGAUGAAGCCAAACGCAUUAAAGGAGAACAAGAGAGAGAAUUGUCCAAAUUUCAGAAUAUAUUGAAGAACCGAAAAAAGGAGGUUAUAAAUGAAGUGGAGAGUGCACCCAAAGAGCUGAGAAAAGAGCUCAUGAAACGCAGGAAAGAGGAGCUUGCACAAACCCAGCAUGCUCAGGAACAAGAGUUUGUUCAGAAGCAACAACAAGAAUUAGAUGGCUCUCUGAAAAAGAUCAUCCAGCAGCAGAAGGCAGAGUUAGCCAAUAUUGAGAGAGAGUGCCUGAAUAACAAGCAGCAACUCAUGAGAGCUCGAGAAGCUGCAAUUUGGGAGCUUGAAGAACGGCACUUACAAGAAAAACACCAGCUGCUCAAACAGCAACUUAAAGAUCAGUAUUUCAUGCAAAGACAUCAGUUACUGAAGCGCCAUGAGAAGGAAACAGAACAAAUGCAGCGUUACAAUCAACGACUUAUUGAGGAAUUGAAAAACAGACAGACUCAAGAAAGAGCAAGACUGCCUAAGAUUCAACGUAGUGAAGCCAAGACUCGAAUGGCCAUGUUUAAGAAAAGUUUGAGAAUUAACUCAACGGCCACACCAGAUCAGGACCGUGAAAAAAUUAAACAGUUUGCUGCCCAAGAAGAAAAGAGGCAGAAAAAUGAGAGGAUGGCUCAGCAUCAAAAACAUGAAAAUCAAAUGCGGGAUCUUCAGUUGCAGUGUGAAGCCAAUGUCCGAGAGCUGCAUCAGCUGCAGAAUGAAAAAUGCCAUCUAUUGGUUGAGCAUGAGACUCAGAAACUAAAGGAGUUAGAUGAGGAGCACAGCCAGGAAUUAAAGGAAUGGAGAGAAAAAUUGAGACCUAGGAAAAAGACACUGGAAGAAGAAUUUGCCAGGAAACUGCAGGAACAGGAAGUGUUCUUUAAAAUGACUGGGGAGUCUGAAUGCCUUAACCCAUCAACACAGAGCCGAAUUUCCAAAUUCUACCCUAUCCCUAGCUUGCAUUCCACUGGAUCAUAACAAUGGGAAGUAUUCUGUGGUCUAGUUUGGCUUUUGAAAUAUGUAAUUUUGUUCUCUUCAUCUUCUGCCACAGUCUACAUUAGAGAGUGCAUGAAGACAAUCACCUGCCUCACCUUCUAGGAGUUUUUUUGUUUGUUUUGUUUAUUUAGCAAAGAUGAAGGGAAAGGAACUAAGACAGAUGCUGGGCCAUGUUGGCAUAGAAGCAUUUUACAGUAAUUCCCUAAGGUGAUUUUGUAUAUUAAUCUUAAAGAUUGUGUUCUUUAGACGCUGUUACCUAAAAAACUCUUAGAAAUAUAAUGUUUAAAGUUAUUUUAAAAAACCUGUUAUUUCACUGAGUAUUAGUAAAUAUCGUUUUCUCAAUGAUGCCUGAAUUCUGUAGUUGGAACUCUGCUGUAGAGAGUUGGAAUAAUUUUCUUUUGGUGAAUCAGCUGUCAUGAAAAACCUAUGAAUUGCUCAAAAUAUAAUACUGAUUCAUUAAAUAAAUCAAUUUUAUCUUUAAAUAUCAACAAACCCUUUUAAAAGAGAAAAAAUAUUUCAGUAAUCUAAUAUAAUUACCUGUUUAGGCCUGAGCUAGUAUUCAAGGGUGCUAGUUUUAUUAAAAUAGUGCCUAAAACACUAAAUUUCAUUUGAGUCUAAAAUGGGAUUUUCUUUUUUGAUUCAACAGGGACAAAACAUCCUUAGCAUUAAGCAUUAUAAUUUUUAAAAUCUUGGUUCUUUUACCAUUUGAUAAAAAUUUUCAUCCUAAACGUGGUGUACAAGGUUGAAAACAUGAAAAAGAGAAUUUUUAGAUGUCCAAAUUGGAAAUGUAUUAUUCACCAAAUUAAAAAAAAAAAAGAUUUAGCUCUCCCAGCUUAUUUUUUAAAAUAAUACAUGAGCUAGUUAAAUGACUUUUCCCAUCUCAGCAAAUUCUGUUCAUUGAAAACUGUCAGAGGCCUUCUGGCUGAGUUAUAUUUAUAAAUGUAUUUUCUGAAAUUGAUUUUAAAAGAGACAUUUAUUCAGAAUACUUUUUUAAAAAAUUAAGUAAAAUAUUUAGGCAAAUGUUGGAAAUGACUUCGUUGUUUUGAAAUAGUCAUUUAUAUUUUGGUUUUAUUUUGUUCCAUGCUUAAAUUAUUUGAGUGGGAAAGCCUGAAACCUUUAUCCAUGUGGUUGCUGAUAUGUGUAAUUAUUAAUGAAAUGAUCACUCCUAGUCCCUCUAGAGGCUUAAAAUCUCAAGCAUGUGUCAGGUCAAACAGGAUUGUGAACUGUACUGUGCUGUGUGAGACAGUGGGUGAUGCUGCCUGCCAUUUGCAACCUUUUCUCUUUUAAGAGCACCAGGUACCAAAUUGUACAAGUUUCAGUUUUUGUUACUUACAUUUGAUGCUCAUGAAAAUUUAAAUGUAACUGUGGGAACACUUAUUAAGGAAAUGUAAAUAUCUGUAGCACUUUCUUGCAGUUAAUUUGAAAACUGAAUGCUGAACCUUAUUUUGUUAGUGGUUUAGAGGAUUUAAAUGCAUGUAUGAUUUUCAUUUUGUAAUUAUUUUGACAAGCAUAAUUUACUUUGACAACUUUGUAGGUAGCCUUAACUUCUGGCCAAGUUUGUUUUUAUAUAUAUAUAAAAAAUAUAUAUAUAUAUAUAUACAUAUAUAUUAUGUAUGGUUGUAAAUUCAUACACUUAUCACAUGAAUGUGUUACUGUAUACAAAACUCCUUUAAUGCUUUAUUCUCAAAUGCUGGAUUGAAAAAUGUUUUGAAAGCCUUUUAAAAUAUAUAUCUUUAUAAAGUAAUAUUCAGGAUGAUGGAAAUUGUUUAUAUUAUGAUAAAAAUGACAGUAUAAAGUUA